UGAAUUUGAAAGUUAUUUAUAUACGUAUUUAAUAUCUGAAUGGCGUUAUACAUACGAUCGUAUUUUAGUUUAAUCGAAAACUACAAAUUAAUGGUACCAAUAAUUUAUAAAACAUUAGAAAAUAUUCAUCCUAUACGCUAUUUUGUGCAUAAAAGUGAUGAAAACGAUUACGAAUCAUCAGUAGAUGUUGUCGAUGAAUUUACCGAAAAAUUAAUACAACGAAAAUCAGAAAAAUGGGAUGCAAUUAAUAUGUCGAAAAGUAAAUUGUUUACACUUUUAAAAAAGAAUGAUAAUAAUCAUAUAGACAUUAAUGAAUUAUCAGUAAUAAGUAAUCAUGACUUUAAUAAUUUUUUACGAAAGUAUAUUGCAACAGAGAAUUUUGGUGCAAUUAAAACGUUAAUAAACUAUUGCAUUGUAAAUGAAAAAGUAUUAGAUUUUAAAGUAUUAUUAAGUUUAUUAUCAAUUUGCGGCCAUUAUGGUGACAAAGCUAAUGUUUUAAGAUUAAUAGAUUUAGGGAAAAAAGUAAAGAUAGUUAAUGAUUCGAAUAUUACACAAUGUCAGCAAUAUGAAGCUGAAGCAUUAUGGAUUCAAGGAAAUGUACAGAGUUCCAUAGAAAUCUUUAAAGAUUUAUAUAUAUGUAACUUUUAUCUACGUCGUAAUUUAUGUUUAUUAUUACGAUUUUUAAUUGGAAGGACAACUGAAUCACGAACAGAAGCUAUUUUAGUUCAAAUCAGAGAGUUUACCGAAGAUUUAGCAACAAAUUAUAAUGAAUACGCACCACUUGAAUGUCUAUGGCAAACAUGCAUUUUAAGUGAAUGGUUUAGUGAUCAAACAUCUGCAUUACAAAUGAUAGAAGAUAAUCCAAAAUUACGUAAAUAUUUAUCGGAAAAAUAUAAGCAUAUAGUAUCAGUAGCGUUAAAAACAAACAAAAGUGAUGUCGUACAGCGAUUAUUUGAAUUAUUUUUAAAAUAUAAAAUGACUGAACAUUAUAUUUCAACUUUACGACUAUUAUUUGAUCAUCAUUAUUUGAAACGUGACUUUUAUCACUGUGCAGCGAUAAUUCGAUGGUCAACAGAUUUAAAUAUUCCAUUACGUUCAGAACAAAGUACAAAAUUUGUAAAUAUGCUUAUUAAUCAUUACGGUGAUAAACGUCAAAUAAAAAAAACAGUGGAAAAAAAUCUUCGACCACCACAAUUCAAACUCAAAUUUUAAAACUUUUAAAUUUUUUACUACAUGUGUGUACCUGCGG